AUGUCCAUCGAGUACAUUCCACAGAUGUUUUGGGUUCAGAUAGGAGAUCUGGAAGUCCCGGACAAGAUGCCGACGUUCAUAUUGAAAUACACAGGUAAAAUCAACAUAGCUCUGGGGAAACCAGCUAGCCAGAGCACUACAUGGCGCAACUUCUCGGCGUCUCGGGCAAAUAACGGCAACAGAGCUAGUCACUUCAGCAGCGGAAGUUGUUCCCAUACAGAGCACGAGACUACAAACUGGUGGCAAGUGGAUCUCCAAGGAAUGUACUCCAUAGCCUCAGUCUUCAUUGUCAAUAGAGACACACAAAUAACCGGCUACUACGGCUACUUCCUGCAGGACAUCGAAGUCCACGUGUUCCAGGAGGCACCGUCAUCUGGUCUCCCAAAUGGAACGGUGUGCGCCACCCAUAUACCAGCCAUGGGCGCAAAUGCCACCCUGCAGUGUGAGGCCCCUGUCAUAGGAAGGUAUCUUAGAAUCUACAGACGAUCAAGUGAAACGGUGGAAACGCCGAAACUGGUCUUCUGUGAAGUUGAGGUAUAUGGACGUCCAGUUACAACAUGUGGAGGUAUGUGGGGGUAA